AGUCACCACUGGUGACACAGCCGUGUUAGAUCAAGUUGAAGGGUUUAUCGACACUUGGGAGGGGGCAGAAAGAAAUGUUAGCCGUGAUGUUUCUCGAGCCAUCAGGCGAGGGCAUAGACCGCCAAGAAGGGGACGAAAGCGAAAUGGCGCUCACCCGCUAGGCUUUCAUCUAGAAACGGAACAGUCAAACAUGAAUGAGAACGAAUUUACAACUGACAAGACAACCCUUUCUAAGAAAACGAAGGAAGACAGCGAGAGAGACAAAGAAAGGAUGAAGAGGAGGAAGUUAAAGAAAAGAAACCGACGAUGUCGCCGCCGUAGAAAGAAGAUUGGCUCCUUAAAGAGAACCGCCAGACAGGGUCCAAAAUCAAAACGACGCAAAUCUGCUUCUUUUGAGAACGACCCCAAACAGAAGCAACGCAAAGACACAAACAACACCAACCCCUAUAGCAUUGGCCAUUUCAAAGAACAGGAACAUAGAGACGACGGUAAAAUUUCUAACUUCAGAAAUGUCAAUGUAACAUCUCAACAUGGUCUUGGCACCAACAGCUCUAUGGUAGAACCACUUCAAACUAUAAACUCAACCAGAAGACAUUCCAGUCGUUUGACAGCAAGAAAGAGAAGAAGACAUUAUUUCCGUAAAAGAAAGAAGUGCAGACGCAAUGACAGAAAGAAAGGCCAAAUGAGACAUGAAAAACCACACAUAACAGAAACAUUUAGAGAAGAUAAGGUUGAAGUAACACCUGUAACCUCAUCACACAACAAAUCUUUCAGCCGUAAACAUGGCGUUUUUGGAAAUGUCUCCAAUAACCCUAAAGAGGAUGUGUUGCAAAAAUCACCACGUGAGACUUGUCCCGAAAAUCGCACCACAGAUUCUCCUAACUUACCGUUGAACGAGAGAUCUGUCUGCCCGUGGUCCUACUACAUAGACCACGAUCCCAACCGAGUCCCUCACGACAUUGCCCGGGCAAAGUGCCGAUGCACCGCCUGUCUAGACCCGGUAACCAAGAAACAGAACUACAACUACGCCUGUGUUCCAGUGACGAUACAGAAACUGGUGUACCGGAGGAAAAAGAAGAAGUCGGGUGGAUACAGGUACCGUGAGGAGUGGCAGGGUGUGACUGUCGGCUGUACGUGUGUUCAACCGCGAUAUUCUCCCUAGUCAUGUUCUAGUGUUCUGUAGAAUGAUGUACAGUAGAGAGGCGAUAGUUUUGGAGAUAUGUAACGUUACAGCCUUGUGAAAAUACAUGGAAAUGAGCAAAAAAUGAAAUGAACAAGUUAUGAAUUGCUCUUAGCCAAAUAAAGUAAACAAAGUUAUGAUAGCAUAUAUCUAUCACUCUGAUAAUGAAGAGAGUCUAUAAUUUGAUUUCCCUUUAGCCUAGAAUGUUUCCAUGCGGUUAAAAGUAAUUUAGACAUAUUUCAUUAUUUGCUUGGUGUUUGUGAGUACUAUCGGCCGUUGUAAUGUAUCACACAAUUCAGCUUCAGUAAAGGCUGUGAUAGAAUAAAUCAUUCUUCCCUGUACAAGUAACUACGUCUGCACAGAUGGCCACGUUUUGGUGGUCCAUUACAUAUUUUUUUCCAAUUGCCACAAACUGUACGAAUCCCGUCUUUAUUUACAUUUACAUUUACAUUAAUGGACCAAAGUUUACCAGUCCCGUAGAAUGUAUGUAUGAAUCAAUAGAAAGGAUUGUCGUGGUGUUCAGUAUUUUUGAAAUUAAUAGUUUUGAUAUGGUUCACACAUUAGUACGGUUGCUAUUGAUAUUGUACAAAAAUGUGUGUUAUAUAAGUUUUAACGUAUUGAUAUAUAUUUCACGUGUGUUGUCUACUUGUACUGUACAGUAUAACUACAACUACAGUUGAGGUACUUAGGGGUGAAACAAUGUUCAACAGGGUAAUCACAGUUUUUAAAAAUCGUCAAAUUGUGUGCUUGUCAACUUUUCUUUAUUUUGUAACACU